AUGCUGGCAUUUGUCGCAUUGCUGGCGGUCGUUACGGGCCUACAGGCGCCGCACUGCAAACCUGCCCAAAAACACUGCAAGCCUGCCCAAAAACUGCAAACGCGCCGCCACGUCGCUACCGUACCAACGUCGUCGUCCGAAACGCGCACAUGCAGCUGCCGCUUCUGCGGCGCUACGUUUGCAAGCAAGAACGCACUCUUCCGACACCUGCGCGAGUCCGACGCCUGCUCCGCCGCCGCAGCAGCGGAGGACCCGCGCGCUCCCGCGGCAAUAGCCGAGCGGAAGCAGCACGUCGCGACGUAUCUUGUUGGCUACGGCGCCGGUAAAGGUGCCGACGCCGAGGCAGCGCUCACAUCGCUCUGUAGUGCAUCAUCGGUCACGCGGGCUACGGCCGUCGCCGCGCGAGGUCGGUCCGCAGCAUUAGCGUUGGGUGAUGCGGCGGCGGCAAGAGACGUCUUGAGCGUCGUGAGCGACCACGCAUUACCCGGGCCCGCACAACUGAACGAGGACCUCCCAUCCGACAUUCGCGUCCUAAGCUCGAGGCCGGGCCGCGUCCACGCAGAGAGCUCGGCGACGCAGCGCGCCUUCCACUACCUGCUGCCCCUGUGCUGGCUCGCGGGCGCCGAGCGCGCCGGGGCGGAACGCGUGGCGGAAGGCACCGUCGCAGGAGAGGCGGGAAAAUUCGGCGUGCGACGGCCCGCGCACGCCCCCCGCGGCGGGGAUAAGGCUUCGGACGUGACGCGCCGGGCGCUUCGACAGCUCAAGACGGCGCUGCGCGCCGCCGUCGCAACGACGGGCGCGUGGCACAACUUUGCCGAUCCCGAGCUGCGCGGCCUGCUGUCGCCCUUCGCGGCGGCGACGCGCACGCGCCUCCACCGCGCGCGCGCCGCGGACACGAUCGUCGUCCGAGGCGAGCCGUUCGUCGUCGUCGAGUUAAGGGGUCGCGGCUUUCUGCCGCAGCAGGCGCGGCGGCUCAUGGGCGUGGCCGUGCUCAUGCAGCGCGGCGAGUUGCCGGCCGACGCCUUCGACGUGCUCACGAGACGCGAUUUAGUGAUAGAAACGCCCCUGCCGCCGGCGCUCGAGUACUUCGCCGGGGCGCGCUACUCGGCGCUCGAGGUCAAGGGCGGCGACGCGUGGCCCGACGACGGCGGCGGGGCCGACGCGUGGCUUUCUGAUCUUCGCGAGGACCUCAUCAUCAACGCGAAUAGUGACGAGUGGUUGCGCGCGUUCGAUUCCCAAGCUCUCGCCGCCGCUGUUUCCGCCGCGCGGCGCUCGGGGCACGACGAGGCGCCCGCCUCUUCCGAAGAGGUGGUCGUCGCGGCGACGCCCCCGCCGGAAGCGUACGUUUCGUGCCUCCAUGAACUGCGCGCGGCGCAUGACUCGGGCCGCUGGCCGCGGACGUCCGUCGCGCGGUCCAAACUCAUCCGGCCGACCGAGACCGCGGCGUCAUUCACGCUCGAGCGGCCGCCGUCGCAAGCGCGCGGCAACGCGGCCUUUCCCAAGCUCGCCGACGCGGUGUUUGAUCUCGAAAGGACGAUAGCGCCGGACCGGCCGCCGUCGAUGCGCUGCGCCGUGAAUCGCCGCGCCGAGUUCGCGCCGCAUGUGGACUCGGGCCGGGGCCUCGGCCAGUCCACGUCGCUCAUCGUGGGCCUCGGCGACUUCAGCGGCGGCGAGCUCUGCGUCGAAGGCGUCGAGCACGACGUGCGCUACGCGCCUCUGCAGUUCGACGGCUGGCACGAAAGGCACUGGACGCUUCCUUUUAGUGGGGAACGGUACUCGCUGGUCUGGUUCACGCCGGCCGAGGCGGGCGCGCGGACCUCGGCCGACGCGCGCGCCGCCGAGGUCCUCGGAAAUAGGGACUUCCGCUACCGCGAGAAUAGCUCGGAUGCGCUGGCGAUCCUCGAGGUGCUCGGGUCGGAGUGUUACGGCGCGCCGCCGCCGUUCCCGGGCGGGCAGGCGUAUGAUUUCGACCCGCGUGGGCGGGCCGUAUUGGACGGCGGAGCACAAAUUGGAGCUUUUUCCACGUGGGCGAAAGAUAAUGGUGCGGCCUCGAUUCUGGCCGUCGAGCCCGAGCCGUCGAACGCGGCGCUCUACCGACAGAACCACCCCGACCUCGAGCUCGUCGAGGCGGCGAUCACUGAUAAUGAGGACGUCACGCUCGUCGUCGCGCCGAACACGUGGCGGCACGCCGUCGAGGACGUGAGCCACUACAACGAAGGCGAGCGCAUCGCCGUGGCGUCCACGGGGCUCGACGAACUGCUGGAGACGGGCGUCGACUACGUCAAGCUUGAUAUAGAAGGGGCGGAGAUGAAGUUGCUCGCCGCACCGCGCGACUGGAAGAACGUCGAGCGCCUCGUCGUCGAGUGGAGCUUCACGAAGGACCGCGCGCUGGCGCCGUUCCUGGAGGCGCUCGGCCACCUGCGCGCCGCGGGCUUUGCGUGCGCGUACGACGGACGCGGGACCUGGGACCAAGGAGAAGUCUGGCCGGGGCGGACGGACGCGUUGGUGUUUUGUGCCCGGGAUUUGUAA